AGGUUGUUGCAGUCGGCAUGGGGACCAAAUUUCUUCGACAAGACACCAUAGGUGGAGAUACAUACGGGGUACGUAUACGCGAUUGCCACGCUGAGGUGCUCGCACGCCGGGGUCUCUUGAAAUUUCUGUCUCAACAAGUGGAGCAUUUUUAUACCGGGAUACGAUCUUCCACCUCCCGUGCCUCAUCCACCCAUGGAUUUCUCCAACCGGGCGAUUGGACAAAUAGCUCUUCUAGUGAAGAAGGAUGCUAGUGUGAAUGCGGAGAUGCUGCGUACUGCGGUUGAGAAAGCCUUCGGGGAGCACAAGAACCCUAAUCCAGCCAUUUUACAGAAGAAAAAUCGUAGUCGUCAGGACACCCGUUCGGCCGUAACCGUUGCAGCAGAUGAUGUGGAAAGCUCAGCACCGGUGAAAAGACGUUUAACGGGCGAAGCGGUAGAUAUAGAUAGUGCAUGUAGUCACGCAAAUACAGUCGCCAUGGCACAGACGCACAUACACGGACUGACGCCAAUGGCGCAUGACAAUGUAAUGGCCCCUGGUGCUGAAGUACAUACGGCUACAAGUGCGAGUGCAUCGUCAAAUGGAACUGCUGCUGGGAAUUCGGAAGCCGUCAACGUAAGCAAGGCUGCAAUGGACACAGCACCAGCCCAUUGCAAACGUGGUGCCGAAGCUUUGGUUGCAGAUAAACUCUCACCGCUUUCGCUCGCGAGCGUUGGUAUUGCGUGCGACAAAGAUGGCAGCAUACCCCCGGGGACAGCGCCACACGGCUAUGGCUUAGGCUGCGUUAAAACCUGCAGCGAUAAAAUUGCCAAAUGGAACGUACUGGGUUUGCAGGGGGGGCUCCUAUCACACUAUCUGCAGCCGAUUUUCAUGCAAUCGCUAACAGUUGGGCGUAAAUUUUCCGAGAUACACUGUCGCAGGGCGUUGUGCUGUAGACUGGAGAAGAAAAAGAGAAAAUCAGCGAAGAAAUCUGAAGCUCUCACAUCUCGAUCAGACAAUCCCACAACAGACCCUUGCUACGGUUCUGUGCAUCACCCCAGAUAUCUCUGCACAGGUAUAAAACUGGAUAAAAGUAUUAUGACCAUCGAGGACGGUGCUGUGUUCAGCACCCAAUGCUUUGUCUGGGGUUCGUGUGUAAACGCUCGCGCGUGCAACCGAGAGACGACUUCCCCACCUACACUUCCUAGAGAGUGUGUCGACUCAGUAUCGCAAUUAAAAACUAACGGUAGCUGUGAUAGAGGAGGUGCAUGUUCAGAUGAUCAGCAUGCAAGCGUGGUCUCUGACUCGAAUUCUGCUGCACGCGAAGAUACUACUGUAGGAUAUGCGAAGUCCAUACCAAACCAUUCACUAACGUGUAGGUGUGAAGGAGAGUAUUUGAAAGCGGCAACUGGAUUUGCUGUCAGUAAAGCCGAUGCAAUGGCAAUCGGAGUCGUACAUGCGGAAGAAUCUCCAGUGUUGAAAGAUGCACAAACCUCGAUCGAGGGAACAAAGGACUCAACUGAGAAUAUGAAUUUUAAGCCCAAACUCAGCACACAGGUUGGUACAUGCUUAUCGAUGCCACCGACGUCUGCAGGGCAUAUAAAAGAUAUCGCUGGGGUCCAAAUCGAGCCAGCCAGUGUUGGAACACUGGGCGGUGGUGAUACAGUCGAGCAUGACUCUAGUUGUACAGAAUCGGAUAGGCCCGUUCCGGUUGAGGAAACGGAGCAGUGGAGAAGCCAAUUCGCCACUCAGAGCUUGUGGCAGAGAUUUGUCAGUAUUGAGAGCGGACCCGCGAAGUCGUCGUUAGUGGAUAAUCAGAUUGACAAUGCGCAGCUAACGGAGGCAAUUCAGUCAACAGACGAUUCAAAUACAGUCGAUGAUGAUUGUAAAGAGAAAGUGGAUCCAGGGGAGACGAUGCUGACCAGAUAUAGGAUACGCAAAUGUAAGCGGUCGCGCACAACGGGGUAUGAGUUGACUAAGGAUAUUCUGUUUAAUGAUCCUAGGUCCUGUUUCGUGGGUUGGAGAGAGGACCGGCGUGAAUUGUAGCACCUCGAGCUUGUUGAAGGCGGAGAAUGUGCUCGAAUGCACAGGAGAGCAUUGUGUAUCUCCCUUUUGGCAUUGUAGCUCGUGUGAGAUCUAUUAAAACCACCACUCAACGCCUUGUUAUUGCGGGAAAUUUGAAACCUUCAAUUCAAUACAAUGCGAUCAAAUCGCGUGUUCGGUCUGUUUCUGCUGUUCUUCUUCCACUCGCAGUGACUAUGGAUAUCUAUAAAUAUAUGAUUGGAUCUGAAAACGUUUGCACUUGUCAUUAUCGCACGCGAGCGUUUAGCAAGAGUUCGUCUCACACGGAUUAUGCGAUAGAAAGCUGAAUAAAAUGAUAGUCGACGGAGUGAAAUCACAUUCUUGAUCUAGCUGGGAAAUCC